AUGUGUUUUAUUAAGCCCUCCCCGGAGGAAAAAGACAAGUCAGCCACCACAGCUGACUCCAUUUUUCACAGAGAAAAAAUUAUGGAACUUGGCUUCACGCUAAGGAAUACAUGUACAAUCCUUGAAAGGAGAGCUCUGGCUGCCCAGAAAAUUGGACUACUGGCUUUCACAGGAGGCACGAGUGCUGCACAGUUUGCCACUGAGUACAUGAAAGACGUCGCUUCCAUUCUGCAGAGUGGUAAGGUGAUAUCAUCGAAGGCGAAGAUCCUGCUGCUGCAGAGUGUGGCGUCUUGGUGCUACUUAAACCCCACCAGCCAGAAGAGGGCCAGACAGAUGAAGUUGAUUCCUACUUUCAUCUCUUUGUUCGAUGCUACCUGCAACUCCACUGUCAAAGCUGAACUGAACAGCCACCACCUCGUUAAGUUUUGGAUCUGCUAUACUCUCUCAGCCAUGACCUGUAAUAACUCAUCUGUCAUGAAGGAGCUGAGGUCCUACAGCUCUCUAAAAUACCACCUGCAGAUCUUGGCUAUGGAGAACUGGACUGGGUGGUCUGAAAAUUUUGCCGAGGUCUUGUAUUUCCUAAUAGGUUUUCACAGGAGUUAA